GACACUAUCUUGAUGACAUAUAGUUCGCUAUCACGAACGUCCACUGUAAAACGUAGUGAUUAUAUACUCUCUGGUCCACUGUGGCUCCGGUACUGGUCCUGUGGACUGGUCUCAAUUUAAAACACAGCUAGGGUAAAAAGGUUUCACAAAAAUGGCUGGCAAAAGUACCGAUCGCAAAGGCAGAGUUAAAGAAACAAAAUCUGCAGCAAUUGAGCAGAAUGAGACGGCAGGCUUCACAUUACCCGACAGUCUGCCGUGUUCAGAAAUCGACUUCCCAGUGCUUAUCAAAAGAAGACCCAGGGCUAACUGGAAAGAAAUAAUUGAUGAAAGCAAUAAAUGGCAUAAAGAAUUAGACGAGUACAAUGAGAGCAAACAGGAACCCAUUCCUAGACCACCGUUUCUUAAAACUGAAACCGAUUACAUUAAGAACGAGGUAUUUGUUCAACUUAUUCCGGCUUUAGUGGAAACUCUAAAUAAGGCCAAGAUAUGGCAAGCCUUGACCAAAGAGAAGUGUUUCUUCAAUGGAAUAGACCACAUUGUGCAGGUACUUUGGAACAACAACCCUCGUUAUCCAGGACGUAAAGAAAGCAACUUACAUUUAUUCAACAUGCCCUGGGUUAGAGCAACUCUUAAGAAGAAACCUCGUCCACUGUACCCAAAGUCUUGGUUGUGGCCUGAGGAGUACGCAGCUACUCUCAUACAAAAGACUGUACGACAGUACUUCGUUCAAAAACAGGAGGAAGUGCAAGAAAUGCGCGAGUUCUGGAAGAAACUUGAAGUUGAACGCAAUGUUCCUGACAUGGAGAUGAAUCCAUUCCUGGCUAAAGCCUUUGCAUCGUCUUCACAUAUUAAAAGUAAUCGCUAUUGUGCUGAGGCUGAAAUAUUCCAGAAAAAUACUUUUUGAAGCUCGUAGCCAGUGCCAAUAGAUACUUCAUUAAAACAUCUUUUUAAAACGUCUUUACGAAGAAGCUUAUGUGAAGUUAAAAUAGAACAUCAAGAAAUUUCCUUAUAUAAAUCUACUUUAUUUC